CUGUCAGUCGUCGGGCUGUGAUGAGUUUUGUCGUUUCUCGUUUGUCAUCCAUCCAGUUCGUUCGGUCAGGAGUGGGAGAGUAGCAGAAAAAUCGAAGUUUUUCGCGAGGUUGAUAAAACGCUGUUAUUUUUAUGGUGCUCGGGCUUCCGCGAGUGAUUACGGAAUCUAAUCAAAUCUAAGUGUCAUUGUUUAAUUCACAGAGUAACUAUAUGCAUUAAUUGUGCGUGAAGCGUUGCGCUUCAGUGACGAAAAAGAAACAAGACCCCCCCAUUUCGGUUCUAAUCGCACACGAUUUGUGUGGAGGACGGAGUUUGUUUUGGGAGUUUUCUCCGUCGCGAAAAUCGAAGUGAAAAGUUUGAAGAGGGGGACAAUUUUUCCCUAAAGUAGUGGAAAAAUUAUCACUGAAGUAGUGGAACGAAGCCAGGAAAAUGUAUCAAAGCGCCUGCAGUGCCGCUGCUGGUGGCUGCGCGGAGCCGGAACGAACUGAUCGGGACGGUCUGAUAACACACGAAUCUGCGGUAGCUCCGGUAGAACAUGACUACAGUGGAUUUGAUAUCGUGAAAGCAACGCAGUACGGUGCGAUUGGACGAGUAAAGGAACUGAUCGAAGCAGGGUGGGACGUCAACCAACCGGAUAGUGAAACAGUGACUCUUUUGCACUGGGCGGCUAUCAACAACCGAAAGGACAUUAUCAAGUAUUUCCUGGACAAAGGCGCCAUAGUUGAUGCAGUAGGGGGAGAACUAAAUGCCACGCCGCUGCAUUGGGCCACAAGGCAGGGGCAUCUUGGAGCGGUGGUUCUGCUACUUGCAGCUGGAGCGGAUCCAAGUUUAAGGGAUGCGGAAGGUUGUUCCUGUAUCCACUUGGCGGCACAGUUUGGACACACUGCAUUGGUUGCAUAUUUUAUUGCUCGAGGUGUUAAUCCAGAUCUUCAAGAUCGAGGAGGAAUGACCGCACUGAUGUGGGCUGCUUGGAAAAUAUCUGCUCUAGACCCGGUUCGUUUACUUUUGACCCUUGGAGCAAACCCUAGCCUUGCGGAUCACACUCACGGAAAUACCGCUCUACAUUGGGCUAUUCUCGCACGCAAUGCCACCGCCGUCAGUACCUUAAUCCUUAAGGGGAAAUCCAGUCUUGAAGUUCCAAACCUGCGCGGCGAUACCCCACUGACGAUGCUGCAACCGCACAUGGGCUCGAUCUGGAUCGGUUCGAAAGUGUCGGAGAAAAUCCGGGAUCUAACACAACAGUCACAGCGCCGCAAUCUGAUAGUUCGUUUCACGCUGGACAAACGUUUCCGCUGGUGGAGCAUGAUCGCUACGCCAUUCCUGGUGUUCUACCUGGCGGGGCUGAUUUUCUGCGCGGACACCCUGAUCAUCAUCAAAGUAUUCCUGUUGGGCUGCUUGUACGCGCUGUCGCACACGAUCGGCCAAACGCUGUUUGACGAAACGUUGAUGGCGUUGCUUCCCCUCAGUGUCUAUAUGGCCACCAAGGCGUGGUUCUACGUGACCUGGCUGACGUACAUUGCUCCGACGGUGUCCUUUCUGGCGUCGGUGUCGUUCCUGACGUGUAGCGCCGGGCUGUGGCUGUGCUUCCUGAAGUCAUGGCGAGGCGAUCCGGGCGUCAUUCAACCGACACAGGAGCAGAGAUUCAGGACCAUCAUCGAGUUGUCGGAACGCGGUGGCGGUGGCUUCGAACCCUCCGCCUUCUGCUCGGCCUGCUUGGUACGCCGUCCUGUCCGAUCAAAGCAUUGUUCCGUGUGCGAUCGUUGUGUAGCCCGCUUCGACCAUCACUGCCCGUGGGUUGGCAACUGUAUCGGCGCCAAAAAUCACAAAUACUUCAUGGGAUUCCUUUGGAUGUUAAUGAUCAUGUGCUGUUGGAUGUUGUACGGGGGAGCGAAUUUCUAUGUUCAGGCAUGCAGCGUCAAUAUGGAAGAAGUAUUGUCAGGUCUGUGGAAUGCGAUCGUGGCGAUCGGUUCCUGUAAUCCCUGGGUCGGCUGGGUAAUGGCAAAUGCACUGCUGCACAUGUCUUGGGUGACGGUGCUAACGAUUUGCCAGAGCUACCAGGUCGUCUGCCUGGGAAUGACAACGAACGAACGAAUGAACCGAGGACGCUAUCGGCACUUCCAGGCCAAGGGCGGCAAGAGUCCUUUCACGCGAGGUCCCGUCAAAAAUCUGUUCGAUUUUAUGGAGUGCAGCUGCUUCGGGAUAGUUCAACCGCUGAAGACCGACUGGAUGCAGUAUUUCGACUUCGAUAAGCACGUGGAACAGGAACCGCUGCUCCGGCCGGAUAAUUUUCAGUACGUCUGAAGACAGCGGAUGGAAACAGCAGAGGCAGCAGAAGGUGAUACCGAAAAGAAAGCAGAAGUCGAAAUCGCAAGUGGAAAUGGAUUUGGAGUCGGAUCUGAAACGGCAGGUAAUCGAGAAGAUGCUCCAGAACGGUUUGAAGAGCAAACUGAUCUAAGGAUUGCUGUUGAUAGUGGGACAGCCAUGGUUUGAGAAGCGAUGCGAAUGCUUCUUGCUCCUUAGUUUCACUUUACAAAGUGUGAUUAUAAGUUGUUCCGGAUAAAUUUAAGAACAAAGAAAGGCUUUAGGUAGGCAUAGUAAGGUAAUUGAAUGUGCUUGAAAUGUGUAGAACCUAGUAUUGAAAGUCAGUCUGUUAAUAGAACAAGGUGGUAAAAGACACAAAAAUAUAUAUUUGCUGUAUAUUGCAAAUGGAUGGUACAGAUAUUUAAGCAAUAGUGAUACAAUUAUAGCACGUUAGAUAGAUUGUAAAUGUUUCUCCAAAAAGUAGUUUUAUUGAGGUAUCGACGUACUUGUUUUCAGUUCUUCAGUUUUUUUGCUUCAAAAUUGGUUAUUGUGCUACUCAUCUGAUGUACAUUAGUAUGUAGAAUCAUGCAUAUAAUUAUUUUUCCUAGGAUGAACUUAAACAUUUUACGCAACUCAGAUUUGGAAAUGAAUAAUAAACCUAAUCAAAUAUUAGUA